AUGAGAGCCCUUACAUUGCAUUUGGCAUUACCUGCAGUACCUCUCGAUGAAAAAAAGGACGAAUCAAAAGAACCGUACAUUUAUACGAUGAGAGUCUCUACCACUUUAUUAAACCGUGUUCCCCUCAUCAAGUUUAUUGGCGGUCCACAUCUUGCCCCAAAGAAUGUAUCGUCUGCUGUGAAAGCACAUCCUAUGGCCCCUAACGGCCAGAUCCCAAGCGGUGCUGCUGUCAGCACCUACUUCAACAGCAAUCCUAUUGAGCCAAAGGAAGGGGAAUUCUUCUCCAGAUCUCAAUUGUCUGCUAGAUUCAGAUACAAGGCUCCUAAAGACCUUGAGAUUGAAGAUGUUCUCAGUGGAGGUGCUGAUAUCGUCUAUUAG